AUGUCUACUCAACCUGUCGAUGCUGAGGACGAGAUCCUUAAUCACUUCUCAGAAUGGGAGAAACGUAGAUAUGUCCCCGGACCUGGGGAACCCGCCUUGCCUCCACAGUUAACUGACUUUGCUAGCAAGACCGCUGAUGACGUAAUGAAAGAAAUAAAUAGACUUCCAUUUUUUAUGACUGAGUUGGACGAAACUGAUGGAGAAGGUGGUGAAAAUAUGGGAGUUGAAGCUUUGAAGAGCUUGGUGUAUGAAGGAGAGCCUAUUGAUGUCGCUACCAAUUUCAAAAAUCAAGGUAAUGAAAGCUUCAAAGGCAAGCAAUAUAAGACCGCUAUCAAUUACUAUUCGCAAGGUUUGGAAGUUGAGAGAGGUGAAGAAGGCGCUAAGGAUGCUUUAACAGUAUCAUUAUAUAUUAACCGUGCUGCUUGUGAAUUGGAGUUGAAAAACUACAGACUGUGUAUUAAUGACUGUAAGGCAGCUCUUUCCAUCGACCCCAAGAAUGUGAAGGCAUGCUAUCGUUCGGGGCGUGCAUUUUUUGCCGUAUCAAGAUUUGAUGAGGCUAAAGAAAUUCUUAGGUAUGGUCUUGCUCUUGAUCCAGAGAAUGCUUCAAUUGCUGCCACUUUGAAGCAGAUUGAAAAAAGAGAGACCACCAUUAGAGAGGCUAAACUCAAGAAGGAAAAAGAAGUGAAAGAAAUGGAAUUGAAGAAGUCGAUUUUAGCCAACGCCAUUCAAUUGAGACAUAUCAGAAUUAUCAAGCUGUCUAGGCCAACUGAACUUCUUGAAGAUGCUAAAAUCAGAUUGGAGGAUGAGCUUGACCAUGAAUCUCAAUUGAUAUUCCCUGCUAUGCUUGUUUAUCCAACGCUUGAUGAAUUUGAUUAUGUAGCAAAAAUCAGUGAACUUACUUCUCCCCUUGAGUUAUUAGAAACUGUUCUCAAUAGACCAAAGGAAUGGUUCGAAGACCCAAAGCACAAGGAUUUUUUGCCCAAAAAAUUAGAGUGCUACAUGGAAACCGAAUCUGGUGGCUUGAUUAAAUUGGGUAAGAAGGUGGCACUUAACGAAGCCUUGAUGGCAGACCAACCUAGUGUGCCAUUAUUUGACAAUAGCUUGAGAAUGUACGUUCUUCCAAAGUCGGAAUCUCCAGCUUGGAUUUCUAAUUGGAGCAAAGAAGCCGCGCUUGCUAAAAGAAUUGUAUAA